UCGAGGCAAAGAGAGAGAUAGCUAGAAAUACCAAGGCACUUCUGAAGCGGAAGCCCCAAGCGGCCACAUCAACGAUAACAAGGGUCCAAAACACAGCCAGCCCCUGGACAGGCUUAAAAUAUUUUCACAUUUAACUUUUGUUACCGACCCUACAAUGGACUAGCAAAACCUAAAUUAGAACUCGAAGGAGCCUUGCAGGCUGAAAGCUCGAAAUUCAACCAAAGAAGCCGUCAAGAUGCAGCGGCCCAGCGGGGAACGCGCUGGAAUCUCCUGCGAGAUGCUAGGGCAGACUGCAUGAGCAGGCUAGACAUGCUUGACCUCUUCGGCCUUUCUAGUAAAUGCUCUUAUCAGUUAGUGUGUGUAACACCAAACCAGUGGCUCUCUUUAUAAAGUCAAGUCAAUGCCCUCGCCCGUCCCUUGCCCUUCCCAUCAUCCUCCUACAAUACUUUCAGGCGAUUGAAUCACAAUCAUGUCGAAUGAAAAGUACGACAGUGACGCGCCUGACUAUGAUGGUCAUGGCCACGCUACUUAUGUCGACCCCACCACGGGAAUGGAGAGUAAGGCUGGUGUGCUAAACGAAGCUGGAGAGCUAUACGGGAAUAUUGAAACCGCAGAGGAAUACGGUUAUGUCUCCCGAGGACUCAAGUCAAGACACAUUCAGUUUAUCGCUUUAGGUGGUACCAUUGGAACGGGCUUGUUCUUGGGUAUUGGAUCUGCUCUCACGCGUGCUGGUCCCCUUUCAGUCCUUUUGGGGUACACUUUCACUGGUAUUGCCAUCUUUGCUAUGAUGCAGUGCUUGGGCGAGAUGGCCACAUGGCUUCCUCUGCCUGGUGCCAUCCCUCAGUUCUGCGCCAGAUAUGUUGAUGAGGCACUUGGUUUUGCCGUUGGAUGGAACAACUGGUAUGCAUCUGCCAUCACACUCUGUGCCGAAAUUUCAGCAGCUUCGAUCGUUAUUCAAUAUUGGCCCGGAGCUGACCACAUCUCGGUCGCUGUAUGGAUAUCAAUCAUCAUUGUACUGGUCCUCUGCCUGAACAUCUUUGCCAUUCAGAUUUAUGGCGAAGCCGAGUUCAUUUUUGCCAGCAUCAAGAUCGUCACCAUAGUCGGACUUUUGAUUUUGGCCUUCAUUGUUGAUCUUGGCGGUGGUCCAAACCACGACCGUCUUGGGUUCCGUUAUUGGAAGCACCCAGGCGCGAUGAAGGAGUAUGGCUCGACAGGAAACACUGGCAGAUUCUUGGGUUUGUUUUCCGUGCUGGUCAAUGCAGCUUUCUCAUACGGCGGUGUCGAGUUGGUUGCUGUGGCCGCUGGUGAAGCCGAGAACCCCAGGAAGAAUAUUCCCAAGGCAGUCCGCAGAGUGUUCUGGCGUAUUCUGUUCUUCUACGUUCUCGGCUCUCUCGCAAUUGGUGUCCUGGUGGCAUCAAACGAUCCGCAUUUGUUGAGCGCCCAGAAAGCCGGUGCUGCUGGUGCAGCCCGAUCACCCUGGGUCGUUGGGAUCCAGAAUGCUGGCAUCAAGGUUCUCCCUUCCAUUAUUAACGCAGUGAUCCUGACGUCAGCGAGCUCAUCCGCAAACGCCUUCCUCUACACAGGAUCCCGCUAUCUCUUCGCCCUGGCUCAGAACAAGCAAGCACCACGUUUCCUCCUCCAUUGCAGCAAAGCUGGCGUCCCGUACUACUGCGUUGCGAUUACGGCUUCGAUCUCACUACUCACGUACUUGUCCGUAAAGAAAGGUGGCCCUGCAGUAGUUUUUGAUUGGUUCCAGAACCUCACUACCAUUGCUGGACUCUUCACGUGGUGCUCGAUUUGCAUCGCAUAUAUUCAAUUCCACAAGGCACUCAAGGCCCAAGGAGUAGACCGAAACACACUUGUCUUCAAGAGCAAAUUCCAGCCAUACACCGCUUGGUUCGCCUUCUUCUAUUUCGCGAUGAUCAUUAUUUUCAACGGAUUCCACGUCUUCGUUGGAUCUCGUCACCAGAACUGGAACGUCACUGAUUUCUUGGCCGCCUACAUUGGUAUACCGAUCUUCUUCGUCCUUUACGGAUUCUGGAAAGUUUUGAAGGGCAGCAAAUGGAUUCAUCCUGCCGACGCCGAUAUCUCGACCGGCAAAGCUGCUCUAGAUGCAGAGGAUGGGCAGUGGCCUGAGCAGCACCCAAGAAACGUUAUUGAAAAGAUAUGGUUCUGGAUUGCGUAGAGGAUGUCGAGUUGCUGCUGCUGCUUUGCGCCUAUAUUCGUGGGAUGUUUGUGUGCUAGCAUAGUGGAGAACCGUGGGAUCGUACUGAGAUAAUGUUGCAUAUAGCUUCAUUAAGAACCAAAUUCUUUGCUGGGUUCCUUUCAACAGCGGAUAAUGUGACCCCGAACACAUUUCAUGUUUCUGUCAAAAUUGUCAGACUCUAAUACUGUGGUUUGAAAGCUUCACCUUCUUCGCUUCUCCAGAUGACUUUUAGAUCUCUACACCUCGCAGCUCCCUCUGUCCUAUUUUGGUGUAAU